UCAGGAUGAUCACUGAUGUGCAGCUCACCAUGUUCGCCAACAUGUUGGGUGUGUUGCUUUUCUUGCUUGUUGUUCUCUAUCACUACGUGGCAGUCAACAAUCCCAAGAAGCAGGAAUGAAAGUGGUGCCUUCUCUGCCCCAGGGUUCCAGGACAUAGUCUGAGGCAAGAUGGAGGGUGUGAGGAGCCUUUGCAGUUCACUUCAUCCCUUCUAUGCAUCACAGCCUACAAAGAAGCAACUACACCUGGAUUUUUCCAAACAACUUUUAUUUCCUCAAAGUCUUCCUUAACCCUGUGGAACAAGAAGCUGCCACUGAAUAGGGCCCAGUAUAGGGGCUGCUUUCUUUUCUACUCCGUCCCCCCAAAUACAAAAAU